ACGGGCGGUAAGGUUGGCCUUUCCGCUACAUGUUUUCAGCAUCGUUGAUCAUCGAGUCUUUUUAAGAAAUGAUAAGUGGGGCUUAGAUUUGUUGUCAAUACUUUUUUGGUACAUGUCUUAGAGUACCUCGCUUUUUAGUACCCUGAGCAUUUCAGCACUCAGGUUAUUUCUAAAGUCGUCCACACAUCACCCGUUGUUUGCCGACGUUUUAGAACUCCAUAUUUCAUGGGUACCCUACCAAAAAAGCAAGGCAUGAAAUCUGAUGGGCGGACGCUCAUGGACGAAGGUAUGGACUACUACUCAGUAACGGCAUUCAGAAAGAUGAAUGCAUUUCGCAAGGAGGGGCAGCUCUGUGAUGUAGUUAUCAAAGCAGAGGGAAGAGAAUUUUUAGCUCACCGUGUAGUUUUGGCAGCUUCCAGCGACUAUUUCGACGCCAUGUUUUCAAGUGGGAUGGCUGAAUCAGCGCAGUUGGAAGUUGAACUCAAGUCCAUCACUCCUGAAAUAAUGGAUACCCUUCUAGAUUAUGUGUACACUGGUCAAGUUCGUGUAAGCAUGGCUAAUGUCCAAGACCUUCUUCCAGCAGCAAGUCUUGUUCAGAUGGAGGGUGUUAAAGUUGCUUGCUCUAAUUUUCUCUUGACGGAAGUAGAUUCGUCGAAUGUUCUUGGCAUCAGACGAUUUGCUGAACUGCAUAACUGUGUAGAAUUAGAAAAGUUUACACGAAACUUUGCAGCCUGUAAUUUUGAGUCAGUUGUUGACUCGGAGGAAUUCGUAUGCCUCACACCUGAGGAAUUGCUUGAUCUUAUUACAAGAGAAGAUUUACACAUUGACAAUGAAGAAUCUGUAUAUAACGCUGU